AUGACGGUCGCAACCGCAGCCUCCGCACGGACCAAGAGGAUCUUCAAACUCACGCUCUCCCUCCUCCGCCUCGGCUUCAACUCCUCCAAAUGCAAAACGGCAGCGAAAAUGGCGGUGGCGAGGAUCAAGCUGCUUCGGAACAAGAGAGAGGUGGUCGUGAGGCAGAUGCGGCGAGACAUUGCUGUUCUUCUUCAGUCUGGUCAAGAUGCCACGGCUCGUAUCAGGGUUGAGCAUGUCAUGAGAGAGCAAAAUGUUUUGGCUGCAAAUGAGUUCAUUGAGCUCUUCUGUGAACUAAUUGUGACCAGACUCUCAAUCAUUGCAAAGCAAAGGGAAUGUCCAGCAGAUUUGAAAGAAGGAAUCGCUAGCUUGAUAUUUGCAGCCCCUAGGUGCUCUGAAAUUCCAGAACUCGUGUCACUUAAGAAUAUCUUUGAGAAGAAAUAUGGGAAAGAUUUUGUCUCUGCAGCUGUUGAUCUUAGGCCUAGCUGCGGCGUAAAUCGUCAGUUGAUAGAAAAACUCUCAGUACGAACGCCUCCUGGUGAAGUAAAAUUGAAAGUGUUGAAGGAAAUAGCUAAGGAGCAUCAAAUUGAUUGGGAUACUACAGAAUCUGAGAAAGAACUUCUUAAGCCUCCAGACGAGCCAAUAGAAGGGCCACGCACUUUUGUCAGUGCAAGCAGCGUACCAGUGAAACCUUCUACAAAUGUGUCAGUGGAAUCAAAUAAACCUACGAGAUUAUCUGGUGGUGGAAAAACCGAUGCCGUGCAUUAUGAAGAUGCUAAGUCCGCAGCUGAAGCAGCAGCUGAAGCAGCUAAGAAGGCAAUUGCUGCUGCUGAAGUUGCUGCUUAUAUGGCUAAGAAGGAAUUUAAUGAAGCUCCUCAACCAUAUGUUUACAAUGGUAAGUUGUACAACUCAGAAGUCAACUCUGGGACCUUCCAAGCAAAAAAUCCUUCAACUGAGGGAAAAAUGUAUAGAUCACACAGCUUACCAAGAUCUGAUCAAAUGAAAAGUGAGGAUUCAAUGCACAACCAAUAUGGUGGAAAUGAUUAUAGGAGGUACAGCUACCAUCCAACUUCUGCACAUUCAGAUAUUAAGUUUGAUGAAUCAGAUUGUGAUGAAGAGAUUGAAGCAGAAGUACCUCCUGCUACUUUACCCCCUAAUCGGCUUCCACCACCUGCACCUUCAUCUCUGAGUAAACAGGAUAGCCACAUUCAUCGUGUUCAUCCCAAAUUGCCAGAUUAUGAUGAACUUGCUGCACGCUUUGAUGCACUAAAAUUCAAGAAGUCACAAUCCUGA